GCUCCCUCGAAAUCUUCCGAACAUGCCGCAACCUUUCCAUUUACUUCCCAUCGGACUCGGCGGUUGACGUUCUGCGGAACGUUGGCUUCAACGGCAACGGGCCCAAACGAGUCAAGCAGCGCCUCCGUUCAUCACCGGCACAUCGGUAUCGACUUGCGGACAGCAUUUGCUUGCUCUAGAACGGCAGCAAGAUUGGCUCGCUUGUGAACCGCCGAGGGCUCUGGUCCAUUACGAUCGUAUAUACGUCGUUACUUCGACGUAGCCUCGGAUCUAGAUCUUGGACGUCCUGCCUCGUGCCAUCCGCUGCGCAAGAAUAGAGCGUUCCCGUCUGGCACUCGGGAUCUCAUUGCUUGGCCCAUCCCCGCUGUUAUCCUCACGUACCACGGAUUCAUUCGAGAGCCAACGCCAAUCACAGCCCCACCUGCAGACGGUACAUAUGGCCGCACGGUUCUGACGUCGGCGCCACACCCCAGUCGAGCCGCCUUCUUGCCUUCUUCUCUUAACUUGCCCCACCCACCGGCGUCGUCUCGCCGCUUUACCCGUCCGCGUCGUCUUUCCGUUCAGGCGUCCACCGUCGACCAUUGACGUCGCCUCCGGUGCUCAUACCUGCUCAUCACGACCGAGCACGACUUCCACGAUCGAAAAAUAUCACACUUAUCAAAUUUGCUCCUAAUGGUUAGAAUGCGCUCGAUUGCACUUCUGUUUCCCCUUCUCGCUAGGCAGGCCCUUGCCUACAAUCUCGUCCGGGAGUAUUCGGGCCUGUCGUUCUUCGACCGUUGGGACUUCUUCGGAAAUUGGGAUAACCUCACUCUUGGCGAUGUCUGGUGGUUGGACCGGGACCAAGCCUACUCCACUCACCUUGCAUACAUCAACGCCAACGGCAAUGCAAUCCUGAAGGUGGAUGAUACGAGCAACGUUACGAUGGGCGACAAACGUAACUCGGUGCGCAUCAUGACCCAAGAUACGUAUGGCGUUGGUUCGUUGUUCAUCAUCGACAUCGUGCACCUACCUUUUGGGUGCUCGGUCUGGCCGGCGUUCUGGACCAUGGGUCCAACCUGGCCGAACGACGGUGAAAUCGACAUCCUUGAGGCCAUCAAUCGCAUGGACCACAAUCAAAUGGCACUGCACACGACGAGCGGAUGUUUGCAGUCGACACCAGCAUAUCAGACUGGCGAGACGACGGAGACCGAUUGCUCGACUGCUGCAGGUUGUACUGUUGAAGAACAGACUCCUGGGAGUUAUGGUGAUGCCUUCAACAACGCUGGUGGUGGGGUUUGGGCAACACAGUUCGAUGUUCAGGGCAUAUUCAUAUGGUUCUGGCCUCGGAAGAACGUGCCAUCGUCCAUCACCUCCUCCACGUCGACCUCAGACAUCGACAUCUCGUCAUGGGGACCGCCCUCCGCGUCGUACAUGGCCGCGCCGUCAUCGCCCGACAUGCAAGGCAGCUGCAACAUCACCGAGUUCUUCACCGCGCAGAAGUUGGUGCUAGACAUCACGCUCUGCGGCAACUGGGCGGGUCUGCCGGAUGUGUACGCCGAGACGUGCGCGAACGCGGGGCCGACCGGGAUAUGCUACAACGACAACGUCGUCGGUGAUGGGUCCAACUACGAUGACGCCUACUUCGAGAUACCGCACAUACGGACGUACACCACGGGCGGCGUUGGGCCGACGCCGACGCCUAACGAUCAGGCGAGGAGGACGUCGUCGGCUGGUGAAACUUCGAUACGACUGGCACGACCGUUCGGCGCCUCGAGUUGGUGGCCUUGGAGUCUUGGGGGUAUCUUGCUGGGAUUGAUUGUUUGGUAAUGGCUGGUGUGCUGCGAGUUUCAUGUUAAAUUUGCGACAUUUAUCACGGACGCAUCAUUACGAUACUACGGAUGGAUCCAUCUUGUAUUUCGCCUUCUUGGGAGCGGUCCGUACUUCGCUCGGGGGACAGCAAAGUGUGAAUCAUAUCAAAUAAGUUCG